AUGCAGGCCUUCCGCCGUAACACAGUCUCGGCCCUUCGCAAUGUUGGCGCCACCCAGCGUCGGACUCAGGCCACCUCUGCCUACGCCAGCACUGUGAACAACCUUAAGAUCAACAAGGACACCCGUGUUCUGUUCCAGGGUUUCACUGGAAAGCAGGGAACCUUCCACGCUGAGCAGGCCAUCGCCUACGGCACCAAUGUCGUCGGUGGUACCAACCCCAAGAAGGCCGGCUCUAUCCACCUUGACCGUCCCGUUUUCGCCAACGUCAGCGAUGCCGUGAAGGAGACCGGUGCCACUGCCUCCGCCAUCUUCGUUCCCCCCCCUCUUGCCGCUGCCGGUAUUGAGGAGGCCAUCGCCGCUGAGAUGGGUCUCGUUGUUUGCAUUACUGAGGGUAUCCCCCAGCACGACAUGGUCCGCAUCACCGACAUCCUCAAGACCCAGAACAAGACUCGCUUGGUCGGCCCUAACUGCCCUGGUAUCAUCGCUCCGGUAUGCUCCCCCCCCAAACAACGAUUGACGAUCAUUUUGAACGUGCCCGAUAUUCAUACAAACCGUCUAUAG